GGGGACCCGGGGAGCCGAGAGGCCAGUGACCUGGCCGGGCUCAGUCUGCUCAGAGGGGCCGAGGCAGACGGAGGGCUCAGGGCAGAAUCUGCGGCUCAGAUCACCAUGUACAGCUUCAUGGGAGGCGGCCUCUUCUGUGCCUGGGUGGGGACCAUCCUCCUGGUGGUGGCCACGGCGACAGACCACUGGAUGCAGUACCGGCUGUCGGGGGCCUUCGCCCACCAGGGCCUGUGGCGUUACUGCCUGGGCACCAAGUGCUACCUGCAGACAGAAAGCAUCGCAUACUGGAAUGCCACCCGGGCCUUCAUGAUCCUGUCCUCACUCUGUGCCACCUCCGGCAUCAUCAUGGGCAUCGUGGCCUUCGCUCAGCAGCCCACCUUCACCCGCCUCUCCCGGCCCUUCUCUGCAGGCAUCAUGUUUUUCGCCUCCACCUUUUUCGUCCUGCUGGCCUUGGCCAUCUACACUGGAGUCACCGUCAGCUUUCUGGGUCGCCGCUUCGGGGACUGGCGCUUUUCCUGGUCCUACAUCCUGGGCUGGGUAGCCCUGCUCAUGACCUUCUUUGCAGGAAUUUUCUACAUGUGUGCCUACCGGAUGCAUGAAUGUCGGCGCCUGUCCACUCCCCGCUGAACCUACGUGUGCCCCGACUGCACCUGGAAGUAGAAGUCCGGUCACUGAAGAGGGGAAGGGCCUAGAGGCCUGAAAUCCUGGUUCCUAGGGGGCGUGAGGGGGCUUGGUCCCAGACGCUGGGUGGGGACCCCUGACUCCUGUGUCCCAAGGGGAAGGGAGCAAGACUGGGGCCUGGGGGAAGCAGUUGAGAAGACCUACGACCCCACCCGCCGGGGGGUUGCUAGAGAAAUGGGAUAUCCAUUAGAGCGGCUUUUUGGAGUCUAAUAAAACUGGUUGAAACUA